CCAAAUAUAAACCCUUUUCACUUUUCCUUUACUUCCAUCAAGUUUUCCCCCAAUUACUCUAAUCCAUCAUCCCCAUUUUCCCUUUUUCAUUUCACUCUAGCUCCAGUCACAUUUUUCCCAAAUCUGAACCCUUUUCACUUUUCCCUCAUCUCCAAUUACGUUUUCGAUUUUCCCCAAAUCACACUAAUUCCUCAGACCCAUUUUCCCCUUUUAAUUUCACACAUUGAAAUCCCUUAAAUCCAGUCGUCCAGUGAGAGAUCUUCAGAAGAUCUGUGUCCGUUUUGCUAACAUUCAGGCUAUCUGCUCAGCGUCGUCUUGUUCAACCCACGAACUCGGCAGUCGGUGAUUUCUAUAGCAAAAAAUCUUCGACGCAGAAGGCACUCCGUCAGAAACUGAUUUUAGCUGCUGCUUCCGUUAGUUUACCGGUUGGUUCUCUUGUUUGGGUAGAGGAUCCUGAUGAAGCCUGGAUAGAUGGGGAAGUUUUGGAGGUUAAUGGUUCAGACAUAAAGGUUCUCUGCACUUCUGGUAAAACGGUUGUUGUUAAGUCUUCCAAUGUCUACGCCAAAGAUGCUGAAGCUCCACCUUCUGGUGUCGAUGACAUGACGAAGCUGGCUUAUUUGCACGAACCAGGAGUCUUGCAUAAUUUAAAGGCUAGAUAUGAUAUUAAUGAAAUAUAUACAUAUACAGGGAAUAUAUUAAUCGUUGUCAAUCCUUUUAGAAGGCUACCUCACUUAUCUGAUACACAUAUGAUGGACCAAUAUAAAGUUGCAGCUUUUGGGGAGCUAAGUCCUCACCCUUAUGCUGUUGCAGAUGCGGCAUACAGACUUAUGAUCAAUGAAGGAGUAAGUCAGUCAAUAUUGGUUAGUGGGGAGAGUGGCACUGGUAAAACAGAAAGCACCAAGCAACUCAUGCGCUAUCUUGCUUACAUGGGCGGGAGAGCUGCGGCUGAAGGUAGUAGAUCAGUCGUGCAGCAAGUCCUGGAGUCUAAUCCUGUUCUGGAAGCAUUUGCUUAUGUCUAUUUACUAGCAGCUGGUAGGUCUAACUGAACUCUAUUAUGCCAGUAGCCAUGGUGGAGUAGAUCAAGAAAUAGAAGAUGAAGGCAAUGAAGAUCCAGACCUUACUUAAGAUGAAUUUUGAAUUGCUAUAGAUGAAUGUUCUAGGAAUCUUUUGUUGUCAACAUUUUGAAACUUACUAUCUUGAAAUGUAUUAAACUUAUGCACUUGGGGUAGAACAUUUACUUUUAUGGAUAUUAUUAGCUUGUUGGACGAGUUAUAUUAUUAAUAGUUUCAUUUUGUGAUUUAUUUAAA